AUUCAGUAUGGCGGCCUAAAAGCAUUAUUUUCCCAACGUUUUCUCGAUGUAAUACUUUCUUCACACACACAAUACCAUAACAAAUAUAUUAUCAUGGCUUUGACAGAGGAUGUCCAGAAGCAUUCAGUUCAUACACUGGUAUUUAGAUCACUGAAACGUACACAUGACAUGUUUUUAUCUGACCAAGGCAACCUGCCUCCCCUUGAUGAUAAAAGUGAAGUGAUAAAAAGAAUGACAAAAGCAAAAUCAGAAUAUGGACCAGUGUUAGAUUUACCAAAACAAACAUCAAAUAAAGAACAAAAUAAAACAGAAUCAGAAGACUCACAUUGGCACAAUGAAGAUAAUAGUGGUAGUUCAGGAAUGGAGUUAACACCAUAUGAAACACCUAGAUCUAAUGUCACUGAAAAGAAUCCAAGUUCUAAGUCUUUGGUGUCAGUAACAGUUGGACAACAACAAAUGCUGGUACCAAGAAAAGCUCAAACUAUGCCCAAACCCAGUUGGCAUCCACCAUGGAAAUUAUACAGGGUAAUUAGUGGUCAUUUAGGAUGGGUAAGAUGUAUAGCUGUAGAACCAGCUAAUGAAUGGUUUGUGACUGGAGCUGGUGAUAGAGUUAUCAAGAUAUGGGAUUUAGCAACUGGUACAUUGAAGUUAUCAUUAACUGGUCAUAUAAGUACAGUACGUGGUGUUGCAGUCAGUGCUAGAAAUCCCUACCUUUUCUCUUGUGGGGAAGAUAAACAAGUUAAAUGCUGGGAUUUAGAGUAUAACAAGGUCAUUCGACAUUUUCAUGGUCAUUUAAGUGCUGUACAUACAUUAGAUCUACAUCCUACUAUUGAUAUAUUAGCUAGCGCUGGUCGAGAUGCUACAAUUAGGGUAUGGGAUAUAAGAACUAAAGCUUGUGUUCAUACAAUGUCAGGGCACACUAAUACUGUAGCUGUUGUUAAAUGUCAAAGUGCUGAACCACAGAUUAUAUCUGGAAGUCAUGAUUGUACUGUAAGAUUAUGGGAUUUAGCUGCUGGUAGAACAAGAGUUACUCUCACUAAUCAUAAGAAAAGUGUUCGAGCAGCUGCACUUCAUCCUAAGCAGUAUAGCUUUGCCAGUGCCUCACCAGACAAUAUUAAACAGUGGAAAUUUCCUGAAGGCAACUUCUUACAGAAUUUAACUGGACAUAAUGCUAUAGUUAAUACCUUGGCUUUAAAUUCAGAUGGUGUUUUAGUGUCUGGAGCUGAUAAUGGUACCAUGCAUUUCUGGGAUUGGAGAACAGGUUAUAAUUUCCAGAGAUUACAGGGAAUGGCACAACCUGGUUCUAUUGAUUCUGAAGCUGGUAUCUUUGCUUUAUGUUAUGAUUUAAGUGGAAGUAGAUUGAUAACUGGAGAAGCUGAUAAAACUAUUAAGAUUUAUAAAGAAGAUGAAUCAGCUACUGAAGAAAGUCAUCCAGUUAAUUGGAGAGCUGAUAUUCUUAAAAAGAAGAGAUAUUAGAGCAUUUUUAUGGAUUCUAGAUAACAGCAUGAACUUGUCAAUUUAAACGUAUUGCCAAUAACUUGAUGUAUGUUAUAAUGUGAAAUACGUUCACAAUCAUAUGUAAAUAAACCAUUAUCAUAUUGU